AUGUUGGAACCCUCAUACUCUGACACUGUGACCCUUGAACCCUAUCAACACCAGGUCGGAGGUCAUUCAGUAGUUCUCCAUUACGACAAAACAACAAUUUGUAAGCCUUUGAAUAAACGCGAGCAACAUUUUUACGUAACGCUGCCUGAGGAUUUGAAACAAUUUACGGCCGAAUAUAGAGGUGUGAUAGAUGUCAAACUAGCAGAGAAUGACCACGGUUUAUUAUCAUUCCUGGGAUUCCGACGAAAUAUUAAAAAUGAAAGUUUAUUAGACCCUCUGAGUGGUUCCUCAUCACCGGCUUCCAGUGGGAGUGAGAACGAACUCUCUUCUGAUACCUCCCCUCAAAAAUACAGCAAACAGAAACAAAGAACCAAGAUAAGUUUUAAGCAUAGGGGUAGUUUAGAGAUUAGUUGUCAUGCCGACCAAGGAUUUGAAUCAGCAGAAACUGGUAAAUUAUGUAGUCACAGUGCCUGGGGACUUCGUUGCCAUAAAAUGUUGGUUUCAAAAUGGCGGAAACAAGGACAGACCAUUUCUAAAUUUAUCCUGUUAGAGAAUGUAGCUAGUCAUUUUAAACAACCCUGUGUGUUAGAUUUAAAGAUGGGCACAAGACAACAUGGUGAUGAUGCUUCAGAGAAGAAACAGAGGGAACAUACAGCUAAAUGUUUAUCAUCAACAUCCAGUAAACUAGGUGUUAGAGUGUGUGGCAUGCAGGUUUAUCAAGUAGAUACAGAAACCUAUAUCAGUCAAGAUAAGUAUUUUGGACGAUCUCUCGAUGUUGACGGAUUCCACGACUCUAUACAACAAUUCCUUCAUAAUGGACAUCGUGUGCGAUUAGAUCUUAUACAAGAUAUUAUAGCAAAAUUAACCAAACUUAAAAAGGUGUUAAAAGACCAGGAUUCGUUCCGAUUUUAUUCAUGUUCGUUAUUAAUAAUGUAUGAUGGGAUUGAAUCAGGAACGAAAAUUUUCAACAAUAACUCAGGAACUUAUUUCAAUUCGGCACAAAAUCACAAGCAGUCUCAAUCAUCCAAUGGUUCUGUUGUUGUAAAAAUAAUAGAUUUUGCUCACACGACACAUCGUGGCUUUAAAGAUGAUGAGAAACAUUACGAAGGACCUGAUAAAGGGUUUAUAUUGGGAUUAGGAAACCUUAUUAAAGCCUUUCACUCAGUGGAGGAGAAAUGUUUAAGAUGA